UUAACUAUUUUAAAUUCGGCGAAAUGGGUCAAAGUCAGACAAUGAAUCGAUUAAAGUUAAGGAAAAUAAAAAAAUUCAAGGGAUAAAGAGAAUGAGCAUGGAGAAGCAUAAUGAUGAGAAUGGAAUCAUAUCCAACGGCCAUAAAGCAUAAGUCCUUUCUCUAUAAAUUACGACAACUUCUCUUCAUCAUUAUAACCAAACUCAUCCUUCACUUCAUUAUUCCUUUAACCACACAUUCUCUUUGUUCAUUAUAAUAAUCAAAUUAACUAACAUAUAAUCGAACUAUAAUCACAAAAUGUCUUCGAUGGGAGCAAACUAUGCACAACUUCAAGUCAUGCAGAAGAAGCAGAAGGAGAAGAUGAUGAAAAAGAAGUUGGAGAAGAGAAGAGAUGGCGGUGUUGACGGUGAAGAAGGAGGUGGCGUUUCUUCCGCCGGUAAUAGAGUAUUUCCGGUCAAGUCUUCUCCGUUGUCGACUUAAGAAAAAGUAGAAAGACAAGAGUGAAUUAUGAAGUGUGAGAUAUUUUCUUCUAUUUUCAGUUGACUUUAUGUGUCUCUAUGUCACUAUGUGUGAUGUGAUGCGAUGUGAUAUACAAGUGGUCGUCUUUUGUAUCAAGUUACGUAAUUUGUGUUCUUUUUUUUUUUUUUUCAAUGUCGAUUGUAUUAAAAAAAACUUUGUAUAUUUUCGUAGAUUUCAAUCAACAUGUAAGAUAUAUCUCUAUUGACAAUCUAUUUUGAAGUUUUUAAUUUUUGAAUUUCGCCAAAACGUUUA